UCAUAACCUCAAUUGUUUAAACGUUUUCCUUAACACAUAUUUGGUGGUAUCUAAGUUUAUAUUAUGUCACAUGGCUGUGCCUUGUAAUAACUAGUCAUUCCAUUCCACUUUGAACAUUGAGCUUCAGGUGGUUAGUUUUAGAGGGUUUUGCAGAAGAUGGGUUCAGUAGAAAGAUCAAAAAAGAAAAUUCAUUUAUGGAAGAAAGCCAUGCUCCAUUUUUCUCUAUGUUUUGUCAUGGGGUUCUUCACAGGCUUAGCUCCAACAGGUAAAUCUUCUUUCUUUUCUGCAGCCACUAAUGGAACAACAAGAUUUGCACCACCACCACUUGAUGAAAUGUCACAAAGGAAAGCAAAUGUCAAUAGAACUUGGAUAGCUCCAACCUUGCCUGUGAAGCCUAGAGGACAGAAAACAACAACAAAGUUGAUGGUGAAACAACUUCCUCUGUUGAAGCCUAGAAGGCUUCUAAUCAUUGUGACUCCAACAAGCACAAAACUUCCUUACCAAGCAGUGUUUUUGAGAAGGUUAGCAAACACUAUAAAACUAGUUCCUCAACCCUUGGUGUGGAUUGUGGUGGAAGCUAAAAGUGAUUCCACUGAACUGCCAGAGAUGCUGAGGAAGACUGGUAUCAUGUAUAGGCAUGUGGUUUUCAAUGAGAACUUCACUGACUUGGAUGCAGAACUGAAUCACCAGAGAAAUCUUGCACUUAAGCACAUUGAACAUCACAGGCUCAAUGGGAUUGUGCACUUUGCUGGUCUUUCCAAUGUUUAUGAUCUCCAAUUCUUCCAGCAGCUUAGAGAUAUUGAGGUGUUUGGAACAUGGCCUACAGCAUUUUUGGCUGCAAACAGGAAGAAUGUUAUAAUAGAAGGACCUGUUUGUGAUUCUUCUCAAGUCAUUGGUUGGCAUCUUAGAAGUAUGAACAAUGAAACUGACACUAUCACUCCUCCCAUUCAUAUUUCAAGUUUUGCUUUCAAUAGCUCUAUCCUUUGGGAUCCAGAGAGAUGGGGUCGCACUUCCUCUGUUCAAGACACCUCCAAGAAUUCAAUCAAGUUCGUGAAGCAAGUAGUGCUAGAAGAUGAGGGUAAGUUGAAGGGAAUUCCAGCAGAGGACUGUUCCAAAAUCCUGCUAUGGCGUUUCAACUUUCGUGCCCGUUCCAUUUCAAAUCACUAAUUUCUGACUAUUAGUAUAUCAGAUAAAAGGGGACCAAAUGAAAUAAUGCAGAAAUUGGCCAAUACAGGAAUUAGAUCCCUAUUACUUUAUGAAAUAUAUUCUUUGAUUUUUAUUUUGCUAAUUUCUUCCGAAUGUGUAUUUGAUUAUAGUUUUGUUGAUUCUCAAGUCUCAACGCAUACAAAAUUUUAGCUAGCUUAUGUAAAUGAGAGGGUCUUCUGCUAUGAAGCACAAACAUUUCAAACAUAUAUGAUCAUUUUUCGAA